CGUCCGUCAGUGGAGUUCAGUCAGUAGACAGUCGGUUCGCCCGGUCAGCUGGUUCCGUCCAUCCGCGCGUGAACAGAACUUCCUGAUGGUAAACCCAUCGCGAGCUAUCAGGUAAAUCCCGGUGAGCUUCCUGUCCCUUCCCGAGGUCUCCCCGAGCGAUCAUCAGCGAUCGGAACGGAUCGGCGGCCCGCGCGCCGCAUGUGCGCGAGUGUACAGCAUCUCCACCGGAAACACCGACGAGCACGGUGCGCGAGGUACGUCCAGGUCGUCCGUAGAAGAGGACGAGGAGGAGGAAGAAGAGGAUAGCGUGUCGGGAAGGAGAGUGUGCUCGCGGUCAGUCAGGAAAUGACUAUAUCGUACGCGAGCGAAGUGCCAAACGGCUCCAGCUUUGGCUGCUUCUGGAGGAUUCUGAUCAAAUGGCGUGGCUCUGUUUACAAGCUAAUCUGGCGGGAACUACUGGCGUACCUGUUCGUCUACUACCUCAUCAAUUUUACAUAUCGAUACCUUCUCAAUGACCAACAGCGGGUGAUUUUCGAGAAAAUCCGAUAUUACUUCGGCAACUCCAGCGAAUCUAUACCCAUGUCUUUCGUCCUGGGCUUCUACGUGAGCCUCGUUGUGAAGAGGUGGUGGGAGCAGUACAAGCUUUUGCCCUGGCCGGAUAAUCUGGCCCUCUUCAUCAGCGCCGCUAUUCCUGGAAACGACGAACGGGGGCGGCUAAUGAGACGCAACAUCGUGAGGUAUGCCGUGCUCGCGUACGUCAUUACGCUGCAGAGGAUUUCGCUUCGCGUCAAGAGGCGUUUCCCGACUCUCCAGCAUAUGGUGGAUGUAGGUCUGAUGAUGGAGUCGGAGAAGAAGAUUUUCGAGAUGAUGAACAAAAAAGCGGCCAUGUCUAAGUAUUGGAUGCCGCUCGUUUGGGCGACCAACAUCAUCAACAGGGCGAGGAAGGAGGCCCUGAUCACCAGUGAUCAGGUGGUGCAAACUCUCCUCGUCGAGCUCAGCGAUAUCCGGAAGAGGCUUGGCGCAUUGAUUGGUUACGAUACCGUUUGCGUUCCUCUAGUCUACACUCAGGUGGUAACACUAUCGUUGUAUGCCUACUUUUUCUCGGCUCUGCUUGGCAGACAAUUCGUCGAACAUUCCGGAGGUACCGGAAAAUACGAGGAGCCGGACAUGUAUUUUCCGUUUUUUACGACUCUACAGUUUUGCUUUUACGUUGGAUGGCUGAAAGUUGCCGAGGUGUUGAUUAAUCCAUUCGGCGAGGACGACGACGAUAUCGAGUUGAAUUGGCUGAUAGAUAGACACAUUAAGGCGGGUUACAUGAUCGUCGACGAGAUGCAUGAAGAACAUCCAGAAUUGCUCAAAGAUCAGUAUUGGGACGAAGUCGUGCCCAAAGACUUACCGUACACCGUCGCUAGCGAGCAGUAUCGUAAGGAAGAGCCGAAGGGCUCCGCGGAACAUUACAAGGUGAAAGAUAGCGACGCUCUUUACGCGAACGUAAUGUUGGGCACGCAGAUUCACAGUCACGUGCAGCACCGUAAAGCUCAUCAGGAUGACAUGUAUGCCGACUACGAAAGCGUCGACACUCCGUUGGUCGAGCGGAAAAAGAACGGCUGGUUUCAACGACAGAUCACCCGGGUGGGCUCGGUACGCAGCUCUUCGACCACGUACAGCAGCGGUGGUGGUUUCUUCACGCGAAACCGCCACAAUAGCGUGUACAGCAGCCCCGAGACCGGUCUCCCACAAACGAACAAUCCAAACUUCAAAAUGUCGCUCUACGAUCGUCUCGUGGGACGCAAGAGCGUGCGCAGUCAGCGUAUGGGUCGUCAAGGCACCAUGACGAAGCUGAACUCGGUGCCGGUGUCGCUGAAGAACAGGCCGCGCAUACCGACUCCGGACGUGACGAAGGAGGUGGUCGACCGUGAGCAGCGGUUGGCAUUGUCGGCGACGAACGCGGCGAACAUCGGCGCGGGCGUGGUGGGCGUGAUACCAACGAACGGUCACUAUCCGACCGACCUGUCGGUGGUAGUCCUGUCGCCUAUACAAGAAACCGAAGGCACACCCGCGUCCGGCAAGUCCGGCGCGGCGGCCCUCGCGCAAGCCGUGCUCUCGCCGACACUGACCAGCGCUGGCCUGAUGACGCCGGUGACUUUAACGCCGGUCGCCAUGGGCCACCUCACGCAGCUGGGUCUCAUGAAGACGACUUCGACGACGGCCACGCACAUCAAUAAUUCGGGCAACAUCGUGCAGGCGACGUUGACCGAGGUCAACAGUAGCGAAGAGGAGGGUAGCGGAAGUGGCAGCAGCAGGAGCGGCAGUAUCACCGGGCAAGAGGACCGUUCGACGCCGUUGAUCGACAACACCAACAGCCCGACCGGAAGCAACGGUAGCUCGCCCACCUUCGGCGGUUACAACGAUCGCUCGCCGAUCCUCAUGAGACCGGAGAAACUCGGCUACAUGGUCACCGCCGGCGUGCCCGCGCCGAGCAGCGGCACAGCCGCGGACGCGCGAGGUAGACGAUCGGCAUCCUUGCCCGGGCCGCCGGUCCUGCAGCCGCGGGACGACCGGAGUAUAUCGUUGCCGCAAUCGCCGGGAUUGCAGCCGCGAGAAACUCGAACGGCCUCCGUGUCGAGUAAGCAGAACGGGCUGGUUGACGUGGACAAGCUGGCCGGCGGUCACUCGGCGGGCAUCCGACCACGGACCAGUAGCUUCGGUCACGACUUGUCCAGGCCCACUCAGAGGGCACAGGACGCCUCGAGGAAAAUCAGCAGCGUCUCGUGCACGAACGCGUCGCUCUCGAGCGGCUUCGGCUCGGCGUCUUCGACGUCGUCCGCGAGCGUGUCCGCAACGACCACCGUCGCGGGCAGCAAGAGGGGCGAGGUUUACGUUUGAUAAAGGAAAAUCGACACGCGACACGGACGGUUGAGCCGUCCCGAUGAUUAGGAGGUACAUUUAGAAGGGUAAUUUAGACGGCGCAAUUCCGUCCGCGUUUCCUGAGAUUCAUCUCCGUCCGUUAUUGUGAUGUCUCGUGUAAAUGCACGUGACGGUUCGCGGUAUAUUUUUGUAAUUUCUCGCUCGUAUUCGGGGGAGUAACAUGAUUAUCCUCGAGGUAGAUGCGGAAGGUAACGCGAAUGUUCUUGAGAAACGCGAGAAGGAUAAUCCGUGCUACUCCGCUUAGCGCGUUUCUGAUAAUUUUACGAAACCUUUGGAAUGUCCUGCGAAUUUGAAACGAAUGAAGGCUUGACAGGAUGUUCCAAACGAUUCGCUACUGAAAAGUUGCAGUGGCGUCGUGCCACGGUUUAAAUAUUUUGUCGUAAUAACGAUCAACGAAGGGACAGAAUUUGUAGAUCGCACGAUUGUAAAUAGUAAUUUAUGUGUUAAAGACUCUAUAUGACUCGUAACGAUCAAUCCGAUGUAGGAACAUAUAUUUAAAAUGCGUAUGUAUUAUAUAAUCGUUAACAUUACUCGGCACGAGUGUAAGAUGGUUGGGAAUCUUGAAAUAGUUGCAUGAGAAGAUAAUUGGAUCUUCCCGACGAAGAUCACGCGGAUCGCAUAGCUGAUCGCCGACCGAUUAUCGACUUACACUCGCGACGAAGGAAAAAGCUAUAAGUGUAAUAAUAGUACGAAACAAAGUGCUUUAACAACUUAACGGGAAAUCUUGGAAAUGUACUUUUUGUAUCGUCGUGCAAUAAAAUACAAUACUGUAAGGAUGCGUCGAUUAUAAUGUUACAGCGCACACUAGUUGCUACACUAGUUUGUUAUUAGUAACUCUUACCCGUAAUGUAUCGCAAUCUCAUUGUAAAUUUAUUCCUUCGCGUCAUGAUAUUGUGAUAUCGUUUUCUACGGAUAUCUGUAUGACGUUUUAUGUAGAUGUAUCUAUAUAGCGCUACGUGGAUCAAUGAUGCCGAGAGAAAUCAAAUCCGUUAGCUAUAUAAUAUAAUUCACGUACUUUUGUACAUAGUUUUACUUUCCUUUUCGACUUGCCGUUCUCCCUCCCCUCUGUCGUCUCGCUAGAAAUUUUUCAUACGUUUGUUUGCCAUAUGUUCGAUCGGUGCGACACAUCGAUAACCUCGUACACGCAUACAUACUUCUUCAUUUUGCCAUUUUUACAGACGCAUCGCGAAAAGUGAUGUAAGAGGCAGUUCAUGAGAGUUUAAGCGAUCAGCAUUUCCGAUGUUUCCUCGCAUGUACAUUCCGACUGUUUUAAUCUUAUUCGAUAUAUCUCGGGUUAGCUGAAUUGAUUAGCGAAACGCGAACGAUAUUGGAAUACGCGUCGAUGACCGCGGAAAUAUUUAUCUGAGAAAUCGUAGAACAUAUAUCGGCAUUAGUUUCUAUUAUAUUCUCGAUGGACGGAAAAUAAUUUGAGACAAAGCGCUUCUUGUAUGCGCAUCUCGGUGACGUUUGACGUGCAAUCACGUCGUGGCUCAAGUUGUUUGUAAUGACAAAGAGAGCUUCUUGUUAUUACGAGUAUA